UCAAAUCGAUACAUUUGUGUUUGGGGUGCGAGAGGUUUUCUGUCUAAGUAACCGAAAAUGAAGGACCACGCAAGAGAGAAAAACAAUGUUGACAAAACUGAGAAGAAGCCAAUAACAACACCGACGCCUCUUCCUUCUAAACUUGAAAGAAACCAUUCUCUGGAUGCUGAACCUAAAACAUUACUUCAAGAAGAAAUCAAUUUAGCCAGGGAGGCAGCUUUGAAAAUCAUCAACACUCAUCCCAAGGAGGAAGCUUUGAAAAUAUUCUUAAAAGGGUUGGUGCCAGUGACAAGUUCUAAACAGGGGGAGGAGGAAGCUGUUAUGUCCGAUUGCGAAGAUUAUGACGUUGAUGAUGAUGAAUGAAGAAAAUUCAUUUGAAUCGAAUAAUUUGAAAAACUGAAUCUGAAAAUGUACUACUUAUUGUGCUUAUUUUCUCUGCAGUUUUUUUAUCAAACAGUUCAUUUGUACUUUCUAUUGGGAAAUGUUAUUGAUGAUCUGUUAUUUGUAAUACUUUUUUUAUAUCAAUUUAAAAUAAAAUGAAAAAUGU